AAAAGAGAAGGAAAUCCACUUCAGCCGAAUAAUAAAUCGCAUCCUAAAACGUCGCGAAAUAGUUCGUUCGUUCGUUGGUGUACGACCCAGCUGUGUGCGCCUGGCACAAUGUGAGAUAUCCACCAGGCUGGCCACAAUGGACGGGAAGCUAGAAGCGCAGUGAAUCCUCUGCAUUCACAUUCCCUGUGCAAAAAGACUGAGAUUUCCAGUGUUCGAUCGUGUGUUGGGUAGUGGAACGGACGGAGUCUUCUUCGCCCUUUCGCCUGCUGGUGCUACUAUUGGCAUUAAGUGCGGCAGUGUUAGUAUGGUGCAUUGUGUACGAUUCGGGAAGUGGAAUCCCGUCGUCGAUAUAGCAGAUAGAGCGACGUCCGAGCCUCGAAAAGUGCCACAAACAGUCCUCUGAGCGCAGGCACACGGUCGCCUCUUUUUGUUUUGAAACCUAUUAGGUUCCGGACAACCUCGAGCAGAGGGGGCUCUGCUGUGCGUGUUCGGUCGUGUGCAGCGACAGUGUGCCAUACGGUGGCACAGACGAUCCGUGUUCGAGUGUUUGUGGCGUUGUUUCGUGUCCGGGAGUAGGUGCACGGCGAGUGCUGCGACCACCGGAGAUCCGUCGGACGAAUCUCGGUCGAAAGUGGAGUGGUCUUCCGGGAACGCAGCGAAGCGGAAUGCCGCUCGAAUAUCUGCAAAUGUUUGUUUAUCUGCUGCACAAAUCCAAGUAUAGAAGAAAAUGUACCAUUGCGCCGUCGGUCGGGACGGUUGAAUUGGGCCGUCUCUUGCUGGUGCUGCUAGCCUUUUCCUGUCACCUCGGCACGACGGUCGUAUCGAGCCAUGGGGUGCUGGCCGGUGGCUCGACCGAAAUCAAUGGCAAGUGCGCGGAGGUACGCUGCAUGAACGGGGGUGUCUGCAAAAAUGGAACCUGCGUCUGCCCGGACGGCUGGCAGGGUUCCGAGUGCCAGUUCUGUGGCGGUAAAGUUAGACUGACGGAACCAUCGGGUAGCAUCCACGAUGGGCUCGGAAACUAUUCGAUCGGUGUGAAAUGCAGCUGGCUGAUCGAUGCCCGGGACCACAACAGCGUUGCCGACAAGGUGACCAAUGGGCCCGUCCGCCCCUCGGUCAUACGGCUGCAUCUGGAGGAGUUUGCCACCGAGUGCGGCUGGGACCACCUGUACGUGUACGACGGUGAUUCCGUCGAAUCCCCACUGCUGGCCGUGUUCAGCGGGCUGAUGUACCGGAAGAACUUUACCAUCCGCCGAAUACCGGAAGUUUUCGCCCACUCGGGGUCGGCGCUGCUGCAUUUCUUCAGCGACGAUGCGUACAAUAUGUCCGGCUUCAACAUCUCGUAUCAGGUGAAUGCGUGCCCCACAAACGACUCGUCGCUCAACUGUUCCGGCAACGGUGACUGCUGGAACGGGGAGUGCAACUGCACGGCCGGGUUCACUGGGCCGGCCUGCAAUAUUCCGCGCUGCCCGCGCUUCUGCUCGGCACAUCUAGGGCGCGGCGUGUGCGACAAGGUGCAGCAGCGGUGCAUCUGUACCCCGGGCUACACCGGGAACGACUGUUCGCAGGAGGUAGCCCUCGGUACCUGGACGGCGAUCGAUGCCGGCGAAACGGAGGGCUUCACGCCGCCCGGUAGCGCCUCACACGUGGCCGCCGUCUUCCGCGACACGCUGUACGUGAUCGCGGGCGAGAGCUACGGCAAGGCGGAGGCCCUGCUGUACAUGUACGACUUCAACGGCAAGGUGUGGGAGACGGCUCACACGGAGAGCAAGCCGACACCCGAGAUGCGGUACGGAGCGUCGACGGUGAUCUUUGGCGAUAAGAUUUUCAUGUAUGGCGGCGUCAUUGAGGGCCGAGGUGUGUGUGGGGAGCUGUGGGCGUUCGAUGUGAGUGCGAAGGUGUGGGAAAACAUCACCGUCAAGUCGGAGCAGUGCAACGAUACGUACGAAAUGUGUGGCCCGUUGCGUUCGGCGGGUCACACGGCCACGCUGGUGACGAACUACGACCAGGCUGGCGGUGGUGGCAAGAAGGCACUGACUGGCGGUGGCGGCAGUGCGCAGAAGAUGGUGGUGAUAUUUGGCCACUCGCCGCAGUUCGGCUACCUCAACACGGUGCAGGAGUUUAACUUUGGGACGCGCGAGUGGAAAAUCGUCCAGACGCGCGGCUACCCGGUGAAGGGAGGCUAUGGUCACUCGGCCGCCUAUGAUCCGUUGCGCGAGCGAAUCUACGUGUACGGCGGCAUCGUCUCGGAGAGCGACAGUUCGCAGUUGCUAAGCAACAAGCUGUUCAGCUACGAACCGCACAGCCGCCUGUGGAAGUUGCUGGAGAAGGCACCGACGGCGCGGUUCCUGCACACGGCCAACUUUGUCACGCCCGGCCUGAUGAUGGUGUUCGGUGGCAACACGCACAACGACACAUCGCACAGCUUCGGUGCGAAGUGCUACUCGCGCGACCUCAUGGUGUACGACGUGGUGUGCGACUCGUGGCACACGCAGCCGAUGCCCGAGGACUUGUACGCCGAUUUGGCCCGCUUCGGCCACUCGGCGGUCGUGUUUGAGAGUUCGCUCUACAUCUACGGCGGGUUCGAUGGGCAGAUGAUCAACGACAUGCUCAAGUUUACGCCGGGCGACUGCCGGGCGUUCAAUCGGUCCGAGCAGUGUCUGAAUGCGCGCCCGGGCGUGAAGUGCGUCUGGGACAUUCAGAAGAGCAAGUGCCUGCCGGCUGCGAGCGUUGAUCGCGAGAGCCUGUUCGAUCGCGACCAGGAGAGCUUCGAGGUGUGCCCGAAGGAGAGCCGACUGGUGCUGACGCAGCAGGUGCUAAUGGACUACGAGCUGUGCAGCCAGCUGACGACGUGCCAGGCGUGCGUGUCGACCGCGUACGGGUGCAUGUUCUGCGGCAUUGGCAAUGGGAAGGGUAUCUGCGUGAAGGAAAAGUGCCCGGACGUAUCGUAUACGUUCCGGGCCGACUUCUACCCCACCAAGGCGCUCAAGGACUGCCCAGUAAAUGAUCCUUGCGCGCAGCUGCACGGCUGCCAUGCCUGCACGGCCUUCAGCGUGUGCCACUGGGACUACGAGCACAGCAAGUGCCAGUACAGUGGCAACAAGUCGGGGGACGCGCUGAACGACGCCUGCCCGCCGGCCUGCUCCGGGCUGACCUCGUGCGGCAACUGCACGCAGGAGGAGUGCAUCUGGUGCCAGAACGAGCAGCGCUGCGUGGAUAAGAAUGCCUACACGGCCAGUUUCCCGUACGGCCAGUGCCGCGAGUGGACGACGGGCUCGAACAAGUGUCGGGCGGCAUCGAGCGGCAAGAGCCAGUGCGGCUUCUAUCGGACGUGCGCCCAAUGCCGGGACGAUCCGGCAUGCGGAUGGUGUGACGAUGGGUCCAUGACGGGCCUGGGUCGCUGUUUGCCGGGCGGGGACAGUGGUGCACACGACGAGGAGGACUGCCCGGCGCAACGGUGGCACUUUACGCACUGCCCAAGCUGCCAGUGCAACGGUCACAGUACCUGCCCCGACUCGAAGACGUGCACUCAGCCGUGCAAGGAUUUGACGGUGGGCGCCAACUGCGACAAGUGCAAGCCCGGCUACUGGGGCAACCCGGUCAAUGGGGGCGUCUGUCAGAAGUGCGAGUGCAACGGGCAGGCGCAGUACUGCCACAGCGAGACGGGCAAGUGCUUCUGCAGCACCAAAGGGCUGGCCGGAGACCACUGCGAGAAGUGUGACGCGACGAACCACUACCAUGGCGACCCGAGCCGCGGCUCGUGCUACUACGAUCUCACGAUCGACUACCAGUUCACGUUCAACCUGUCGAAGAAGGAGGACCGGCACUUCACGCAGAUCAACUUCCGCAACUCGCCCGUCAAGCCGGACAUCGAUGCCGACUUCAGCAUCACGUGCAGCGUGGCGGCCCGCAUGAACAUCACCAUCCGCACGGCGGGUGGCAUCGAGAAGCCCCUGUUUGCGGGCGUCAACUGUUCCACCUUCCGCUAUCGCUUCUCGAAGGCCGAGCACCACUUCGGCAUCGAGGACAACAUCACUCUCACCACGUUCUACGUGUACGUGUACGACUUCCAGCCGCCGCUCUGGAUACAGAUCGCCUUCUCACAGUAUCCGAAGCUGAAUCUGCAACAGUUUUUCAUAACCUUCUCAACAUGCUUCCUUCUACUCCUCGUGAUGGCGGCCAUUCUAUGGAAGAUUAAGCAACAUUACGACAUGUUCCGACGCCGCCAGCGGCUGUUCGUCGAAAUGGAACAGAUGGCUUCGAGGCCAUUUUCUCAGGUUCUGGUGGAGAUCGAAAGCAGAGAGUACAACGAACUAUCGCCCGCGGUAGAGAAUAUUACUGCCGCGCCACGAAAGCGUAAAAAGGAUUCACCAAGCCCUAUCGCGCUUGAGCCCUGCGAAGGGAACAGGGCAGCUGUGCUCUCGCUUCUAGUCCGGCUCCCGACAGGUGGCCUCCAACACUCUCCUCCUGGUCAAUCGGCAGGUCUUGCCGUCGCAAGUGCAUUAGUAACGUUAGGAAACCCACGACGCUCGUCGAUAGAACAUCCGAAGGAACCUAAGACUAAGCGUAAGCAGAGCCAACACCCAGAUAGCUGUAUAUAAAACAUAUAUUCAAUAGCCUGUACAUGCGUAUGCGAGAACGAACGAUUCCUUACCAACCCGAAACGCCAACACAGAACAUCGGAACAUGUAAAACAUAGUAGGCUUUAUAAGGUGCUUAUACUGAGACAAAACAAAAAUACACCCGGUCUGGGCAAUGGAUAUUUCUAGUAUGGCCGGUGGGAAUGCAGGGUGGUUGGAAGAAUGGGAAGUCGGCAAGAGGUGAAGCUUCGAGUAAGACACGCUCCCGAUUGGAGUAACGUUGCAACAAACCGAACGAACCCAACUUGUGAUGAUGAAUGAUGCUUUGCCUUUGUUGAAGCAUCCUAAAUGCUAGAGAGGAAAGUGGAAAACAUGCGGAUUGUUGAUUAACGUUGUCUACCAGAAGGUUACGGGCGGACAACUUGUGAGCAUAUACAUAUAUACAUAUAUAUAUACAUAGAGUCUGAGACUAGCAACGUAUCGGCAAAGAUAAGCGAUAACAAUAAUUCUAAUGAGUAAUUAAUUAUAAAGCUAAUAAUGGUAGCUGUAGGGCAUGGCAAACUAAACCCGGAAUGUGUCCAAUUAGGAAACGUUACAUCAAGACAGGCUUGUUUUAUUUUUAACCUCUUUUUCGACCUCCGCUUUAACAAGCGAUACCGAAUCCUCUGCAAGACAUCUACAAUCCGUUUGCGGUGUAUCUUAUUUAGUUCCAAGAAUCCAUCAUUUUCGCGCUCUCAAAAUUCGCCUGUCUCUCACAGUAGUUCAAAGUGCGCGGCCGCGAAACUAUCUAUCGUUUUGCGCCCGUUAAAAUCUCUUCAUCUUCAUCGACGUUCAUCACAUCAUAAUUAUAUCAUCACAUCGGUCAGGUCAGCUAUCCCCAGUUUUAGCGUGUUGUGAAAUGUAUUAACAAAGUUUUGCGGGGGAUCUCUGUUUUAACAAAGCGAAGAAAAUUGGGAAGAAAAAACAAAAUACGAAUGUAUAUCAUGCUAUAAUCAUCCACUACCGGUUUCGGUUUUCUUGGGUUGAAUGGAUCUCGUGGAGAAUUUCUGGUUUGUUACUUUACACAUUGUGGCGUGUUAACCAGCACUAAGAACACCAAGUCCGAUUGUCGGGUUUUGAAAACCGGUAGCUUGCGGAAGGCUAUUUAAAUUCAUUAUAAUGCCCGCCGUAAUUAUUGCGUGCGUUUGCUUAGCGAAAGACGUGCAGAGGAAACCAAUUUCUUCGUUGGAAGCCACCUCGUUAUGUGUGUAAAUAUUUUGAAAGGCAAUGAUGAGGAACUGUAACAUUCUUGCGCAAGCUGGAGACGAAAAUGCAUCUUAAAUGUAAUGUUAAAACAAAAUGCAUGAAUUAUUUAAGCUUGCAACGUAAGUUUGUGUGGUUUUUUUGGAGUCGAGAAAGAUCAUAUCGUCGUGAAGCGCGGCCACACGUGGUACACAAUAAAUGCGAAGUGGUUCGUUUGUACUA